UCGGAGCAAGUGUCUUUGGGCCCGAAACCCAUUCAGAUUUCACAGCCGUCGGAUUGUUGGCGAAUUCGGCCAUUCAGUUGCCUUAUCGACGGCCAUCGGGCUGGGUGUACCUACACUUGAAUAUUUAUUUAUUUUUUUUGUUUGUUGAUCGGUUGAUACGAAACCCGAAAAUGCCAACCACUUGCAGUCGACUUUUAGGAUUUCUGGCCAUGAUGAUGGUCAUCCUGGGGGCACCUCUCUCGGCUGAGGCUGCCGACAAGGAGGGCUUUCCCGUGUCCAUUAUCCACAUCAACGACCUGCACGCCAGGUUCGAGGCCACGGACACCUCUGGAGGAACUUGCGAUGAGGGCGAGCAAUGCAUCGGCGGAUAUCCGCGCACUGUCUACACGGUGAGGCGACUCCUCCGGGAGCAGGCGGAGCUCAAUCCCAUCUACAUCAAUGCCGGAGACAGCUUCCAGGGGACGCUGUGGUACAACAUCGGUCGCUGGAACGUCACCCAGCAGCUCCUCAACCUCCUGCCCGCCGAGGCAAUGACCCUGGGCAACCACGAGUUCGAUCACGGAGUCGAGGGCGUUGUGCCCUUCCUGGAGACGGUGAACACCACUAUGCUGGUGGCCAACAUGGACUGCGCCCACGAGCCGACCAUGGAGGGCAAGUACAACAAGUCGAUGAUCAUUGAGCGGUCGGGUCGGAAGAUUGGGCUGAUUGGCGUUAUCCUGGAGACGACCUACGAUCUGGCCAAUACCGGCAAGGUGAUCUUCCGGAACGAGAGCGACACCAUCCGCGAGGAGGCGCAGCUGCUGAAGGCCCAGGGCGCCAACAUCAUCAUCGUGAUCUCGCACUGCGGCUACGAUGUGGACAAGGAGAUCGCCGCCAAUGCCGGCGACUGGAUCGACGUCAUCGUGGGCUCCCACUCGCACACCUUCCUCUACACUGGUGAUCCACCAGGUCCGCACAGCGCCUCUGGUCCUUACCCCACCGAGGUGGUCCACAGCUCCGGCCACCGCGUCCUCAUCGUCCAGGCCUCCGCCUACGCCCGCUACGUGGGCAACCUGGUCGUCUACUUCGAUGACAACGGCGACGUCCUGGACUUCGAGGGCGACCCGCUCUACAUGGACCAAUCGGUGCCCGAAGAUGAAAUCGUUCUGCAGGCCAUGGUGCCGUGGCAAAUCGAGAUGGAACCCAUCGCCAACCGGAUCGUGGGCCAAAGUAGGGUUUAUCUCCAGCAGAGCGAGUGCAGCCGUGGGGAGUGCAAUCUGGGGAACUUCUUCACGGAUGCCAUACUUUAUGCGUUCGUCAAAGAUGCCACUUCAUCGUCCGUCGAUGACAGUUGGAGUAACGUGACCAUUGCAGUGACAUCGCAGGGAACUUUCCGAGUGCCCAUUUCAGCUGGCAACAUCACCUACAAGCAAUUGUUCGCCAUGUGCCCAUGGCAGAAUCGAUUGGUCGCCCUUACUCUCGAGGGGAAGCACAUUGUGGAGCUUUUGGAGCACGGAGUGGCGCCCAUGAAUGCCAGUUCUGCAUCGCCGCGAUCCUCGCGAUUCCUGCAGGUUUCCGGUCUACGGGUCGUCUUCGAUUUGACCUUACCCGCAGGUCAGCGCGUCUCCAGUGUCCGAGUUCGAUGCUCCAAAUGCAAAGUCCCCGAAUAUAUGCCACUCGUUCCGGAAGAGAAGUACCGCGUAGUGGUCAUGGAGUACCUGGCAAAUGGAAAGAAUGGUUUCGGCGUAAUCAACGAAAACGCAGAGCAUCCCGAGAUGGGUCCCUUCGAUUUGGACGCAUUGAUGGAGUACAUGGACGCCGUGGGACCUAUUACCACUGGAAUUGGUCAUAGGAUUCAGUUUGUCAAUACAUAAUAUUUAAUUGGGUUUUGGUAAAAAUUUUACUUUUU